CGCUCAGUAUUCAAAGUUCCCUCAGUUAGAUAGCUGAAAAGUUAACGUCUGUUUCAAUUGUGCGCGUGGGGAAAGUACGGGCAACUUAGUUGCAAUUCUUACAAGUGCACUUGUGUAACUUACAUUAUAAAGAUAAUAUUAAAUUUAUAAAGCAGAUAAGAAUUAAACCACGUAAGAACUGCUGUCAAAAUGAGCCCCUGGAAGGAUAAUGAAGAGAUCGAAAUAUUUCGUGAAUACCUGCGUAUAGCCAGUGUACAACCGGACAUUGACUAUGCACCUAUCGUGGAGUUCCUGAAAAAACAAGCCACAAAUUUGGGAUUACCUAUUGAGGUUUAUCACCCCGGCAGUCCCAGUAAACCAGUUAUUGUUAUAACAUGGGUGGGACAACAACCAGAAUUGCCAACAAUUGUUUUGAACUCUCAUAUGGAUGUCGUACCAGUGUACCCCGAAAAGUGGACGCACCCACCCUUUGCCGCUGAAAUUGAUAAGGAAGGUCGGAUUUUUGCACGAGGUGCACAGGAUAUGAAAUGUGUGGCCACGCAGUAUUUGGCAGCGAUACGUGCCCUACGAAAGAGCGGUGUCACCUUGAAACGCACCAUCCAUGUGAUAUUUGUACCAGACGAGGAAAUUAGUGGCGAAAUGGGAAUGAAGGCCUUGGUCAAAUCACCAGAAUUUAAAAAACUAAAUGUGGGAUUUUGUCUGGACGAAGGCAUUGCAUCUGUAAAUGAAACUUUUUCACUUUUCUAUGCCGAAAGAAGCCUUUGGCAUGUCCACUUUAUCAUUAGUGGCACUGCUGGACAUGGUUCAUUGCUGCUCAAAAAUACAGCAGGUCAAAAGUUUCACUAUAUACUGAAUAAGUUAAUGGAAUUUAGAAAACAAGAAGAGGAUCGUUUGGAAAAUGAUAGUUCUUUGACGAUUGGUGAUGUGACAACAAUCAACUUAACCAUUGUUAAAGGCGGUGUGCAAAGUAAUGUGGUGCCACCCACAAUGGAAGCAAUUUUCGACAUGCGAUUGGCGUUAAAUGUAGAUCAUGACGAUUUCGACAGACAGCUAAGGACGUGGUGCACAGAAGCUGGUGGUGAAAUCGAAAUUCAGUAUGAACCAAGAGAGCCAAAAGUGGAGGCAACAAAGUGCGAUAAUUCCAAUCCUUUCUGGAUAGCCUUUGGCAAGGCUACAUCGGAAUUGAGUCUUAAAAUCCAGCCACUUGUUCUCCCCGCCGGUAGUGAUAGCACUUACAUUCGUGAAAUUGGCAUUCCAGCGCUUGGUUUUUCUCCCAUAAAUAAUACUCCGGUAUUACUCCAUGAUCACGAUGAAUUCUUACAAGCCGACGUCUAUUUAAAAGGAAUUGAAAUUUAUAAUAAAAUUAUAUCGGCUAUUGCCAACGCAUAAAUCAUUAAAUAAAAUUUUA